UGUCGCGCCUCCGCGGACACUCACAAUGCCUUCUCGAGCGACUCGCUCAUUGUUCGAGGAGCGAGUGUGCUCAACUGUUAUUACUGCUGCUGCAGCCACGGCGAAAGCGAUCCGUAGAAAAGAGGAGGGCAGAAAAAAAAAAGAAAGAGGUGUCGAAGCGUUGGAUUUUGCGGCCUGGGUGUCAGGCUGCCACCCCACAAGCCGCGGCUCUGGGAGAGUGAAGAACAAACAAAACCAAAACAGUCUAUGGCGUCCGUCAAGUGGUGGAUCCUGGCCUUGGCCGUAGCCUGCGCGCUUUUGCAAGGCUGCGUGCAGGGAAAUUUCCUGAGCCGUUUCCGAAGCUGCGUGCUACCGCACGAGAGACGGGCCCGUCUGUGGGAGCGAAUGGAGCAGUACUGCAUCGGCGGCCGCCACCUGGAGUACCGGCGCCGGGCGCAACGCUGCAUCUGCCAGCCCGGCUACUACCGCGAUGAGGAGACCAACAACUGCUACGACGCGAGGCGCUGCGGCCAGUGCGACAUCUCCAAGCACGAGCGCUUCAACAGCUGCGUGAACGACUGCGAGUCGGUCUGCGGCAAGCGAGUGAUACAGCAGUGCGACAAGCCCUGCGUACCUGGCUGCGAAUGCAUGAAGGGAUACAUCAGGAAGUACAAGAAAGGACCCUGCGUCCCAAUCCAGACCUGCCCGCCGAAAUGUCCAGCUUACAUGACAUUUGAGAUGGAGCGCGAACGCUGCCCUCGUGUGUGCAACGUGGCUCGCGAAGAUAGCUGUUCAGAGACGAACGAAGGACCCGGCUGCUCCUGCAAGAAAGGCUUCGUUCUCAGGGCACCGUUUGGCACCGUUCGCACCCGCGUUUGGUGCAUACACGAAUCUAUGUGCAGUUUCCCUGACGAAGACAAAGGCUCUGACAGAAAACCUGAAGCAAAGAGAGGCCAAAGUGUUAAAGGAAUAGGCGUUGGAGCGAACAGCUUCUGGCGCGCGAAUCAGGGCCAGCAGGACUUGGAGGUGUCGGUGCCUAAAAAAAUUGAUGAUGACUUGUUUUUGGGAAGCAAGGGAUUUCCUACUCUAGGAGGCUUGGGUCACAAGGAAGCUCAAGGUUUGCAAUUAGGUCGAGACAAACAGCACCUAUAUGGGGGUCAAAUUGUUCAAGGAAAAGUUGUUCCCGGCAGUGACAACGUCUGGGGCUGGAACAAGGGUCAAGCUGGCUUGGAAGAUUCGGUACCUGAAAAAGUUGACGAUGAUUUGUUCCAGGACACUAAAGGAUUUCCACCCUUCGGAGAUUUGGGCAAAAGAAAAGGCCGACGACAAAAUCUAGGUCAGGAAGAAAUUGGCGUGAAGAGCGGCCAGGAAAGUCACGGAACCGGAAUUUCUGGAAGCGGCAACUUCUGGGGAUGGAACAACGGCCAACGCGGCAUUGAAGGUUCUGUGCCUAAAAAAAAUGACGAAGACUUGUAUCUCGAUGUAGAUCGGUUUUCUAACCUCGGAGACCUGCGUCAGAUCGCUGGCGAAGGCUCACAGCUUAGUCAACAGGAAGUUGGUCUUAAGGGUGGCCAGAGUGAUAAUGAAAGGCAAGUUUCGGGCAGUGACCGUUUCUGGGGCUGGAAUAAGGACCAGCCUCAGGGUUCCACAGCUAAACAACCUGACAAUAAUUUGUAUCUGGGAGAUAAAGGAUUCCCUCCGGUAGGACCAUUUGGUCUCGAAAAUGGUGAAGUCUCAGCGUUCCAACCUGACGAAAUUGGUUUUAAGGGUGGAAAAGGUGGCCAGAAGGGAGGAGCUUUAGGUAGUGAGAAUAUCUGGGGCUCAAGCAAGGGCGAGGGUAGCUUGCAAGACACCAUACAUGAACAGAACAAAAAUAGCUUGUAUCUGGGCACUAAACAAUUUCUUUCUCCCGGCGAAUCGGACAGUACAAAAGAUCAAGGUUCAGAGCUGCUCCAAGAUUCGUUUUUGGGAGGCAAACUGGGAGGUGCUUCUGGUCAGUGGAAAAAAAUUCAUGGUGACGAAAAGCUUUCGGGUCUGGGAGGCCUGCAAGACGAGAAAGGUCCGAAAGUUGACACGGAGGAUUGGUUUUCAGGGCAGCAAGGCACUGAGACCAUCCCAGACCUAAACAAAGGCCAAGAAGGCGACGAAGGCCUGAUGUCGAGCAAGGUGGUUGAGGAUUGGAUUCCUGAUGAACAAAUAUUGCAGAAAGGGGGCAGUAAAAAAGGAGGCCUACCCAGUAGGGAACAAGAAGAAAGCAAUAUACCCGGUGUCGGGGUACCGGUGGGGAAACUACCUGAUAUAGGAAAAUUAGGCGGAACUGGUCCUCCAGCUGGUAUUCCCGGUGUCGGACCUCCGGUAGGGGAACUUCCGAAUAUUGGAGGUGUUGGCGCAAAGGGGAUGGCAUUCGGCGGGCACCUAAUUUCUCAGAACAUGAACAAUGAAAAUUCUCCUGGACAGAUAGAAAUAUUAGGCUAUGGCUCAAAAGGUGGGAAAAGAAGUCCGCUUCAAAGUGGCAUAGAGCAGAAAACCGCUUCUAUUGAUUUGGUGCAACAAAACGAGGCAUUCCCCAGGCAUCUACAGUUUCCGAAAGCAGCCGUUUCUGCUCCUAUUUCUGUUCCCCCAUUUAGUUCUCUUAAUCAACAAAGCCAAAACACAGUGAACAAUGAGAAUUAUCCUGGACAGAUAGAAAUAUUAGGCGCUGGCUCAAAAGGUGGGAAAGGAGGUAUGCUGCAGGGUGGUAGGGAGCGGAAGACAGCCUCUGUUGGUUGGCUGCAGCAAAACGAGGUGUUCUCACCGCAUCCAGAGUCUACAAAAGCAACCGUCUCAGUUCCUAUUUCUGUUCCCACAUUUAGUUCUCUUAAUCAACAAGGCCAAAACGCACAUUUCGUACACCAAAGUUCGCAAAGGCAUUACGCAAACACAGCUCAACCUGGUGCGGUUGACUGGACACAACAAAAGCAGCUGCCGUCAAGCCUUCCGCAGUUGCAGAGAGCAACUGCUCCUUUACGUUUUCCUAGUGUCACUGCUGCCUCUACUAAUCAACCUGCAGAAAGCACAGGUCUCACGGGUUUCACAGGUCGAGGCUGGCAAAGAGGCCGUGGCAACACGGCACAACCUGGUGCGGUUGAUUGGACGCAACAAAACGAGCUCUUGUCGGGAAUUUCGCAGUUUCAGAGAACAACGGCUCCUGUUCCAACUUCUGGUGCUGAUUUUGGCCCUUUUAAUUCACAGAAUGAGGCCAUGGAUAUUACAGGCCAAGGCGCACAAAUGCGUCCAAGUUACACUGCGCAACCUAGUGUAGUUGACUGGAGGCAACAAAACGAGCCGCUUUCAACGUUUUCAUCGUUUCAGACAUCGAGGGCUGCUGUUCCUGUCUCGGGUGCCACUGUGGCCCCCACUCAUCAAGAAAAGGAAGGCAUGUAUUUCACAGGCCAACCCUCGCAAGCACGUCAACCCAGCGCGGCUCAACCCGGCGCACUUGAUCGGACGCAACAAAACGAUGUGUUGUUAAUGCAUCCCCAAUUUCAAAGGCAAACUGCUUCUGUUCCUUUUUCUGGUUCAACUUUUGGUCCUCUCAGUCAAGAAAAACAAAGGACGGGUUACACAGACCAAGGUUUUGUUCCUUUCUCUGGUACCACUUUUGGUUCCCUUAAUCAACAAAGCAUGCAUUUCCUAGGCCGAGGCCCUCAGACGCCUAGUCUUAGCACCGUUCAGCCUGAGGGAAUUGACCGGACACCGCAAAUCAAGCCGCUGUCAAGGUUUCCAGAAUUUCAGGCAGCAACGGCUUUGGUUCCUAGUUCCGUGGCCACUGUGCCAUUUGUCACGCACCAAAACGGAAGCACGGAUUUCACAAGACAAGCUUUGCAAAUGCGUCACGUUAGCAUUGCACAACCUGGUGCGAUUGAAUCGGUGCGUGAAGAGGAGCCGCUCUCAAGUUCUGCAAAGUUGCAGAGAGUGCCGACUUCUGUCCCUCUUUCUAGUUCCACAGUUGGUUCCAAAAAUGAGCAAAAACAAAACAUGAAUUUUACACACAAAGUCUCGCAAACUCAUCUUGGUAGCGCGAUAAAACCCAGUGCAGUAAACGGGAGAACCCAAAACGAGCCACUUUCAAGGGUUCCAGAGUUGCAGAGAGCAAUGGCUGCUGUUAAUUCUAAUGCCACCGUUCGUUCUAAACGUCAAACAAAAGAAAAAACAGAUUCGACAGGCGCGGACUCGCACACUCGUCACCGUCGCAUGCCACACGCUGGUGGGGUGAAUAGGACACAACAAAAGAAACCGCUGUCGCAAGUUCCAGAAUUGCAGAAAGCAACAAUUUCUGCGCCUCUUUCUGGCACCACCGUUGCUUUCAAGAAUCAGCCAGGAGAUUUGACAGGACAAGAUUCGAAAGCGCGUGAUGGUAACACGGAACGAACUGGGGCGGGAAGCAUAAAAACAGGUGAAGGCACGGCCGGUGUUGCGACAAAUCAAAAAAGGGACGUAUUCUAUAGGAUUAUUAACUCUGGUGUGCAGCUAAGAAGAAAAACUUUCCGUGGCCUGCCGAAUAUCUUUUCCUUAGGCAGCUUGUUUCCGUAUUCUUUGCCUGUGGUAGGUACUGCUCAGCUGUUAGCUGGAAACUAUCCAAGCGGCUAUGGAAUUUACACUGCACUACAACAACCAUUCUAUGGAGAGAGUCUGAUACCGAUUGGAUAUCCAAUGUUCUAUCCCGGCAUCUAUGACCCAAUGACAUAUAUUUGGGCCCAACGCAAGCAGGCACCGGAUGACCUUCUAACUCAACAGCAGCCUGUCAUGGAGAGUGAGAGUUCAUCUUCGCCAACCCAUCUGUCUGACCAGAACCUUCAGCAAGGGAGGAGUGAAGUUGCAGGAGGUGGAGAAACAGGAGCCGGUGCUUCUGGUGUGCCGCAUAAAUUACCUGUUGGUGUUGUGCCAGCAGAAGAAAAUUACGCUUUUGAUGACCGUAGUCUGGACUCUUGGUAGCAUGUAGUUGGGUGUUCGCCAUGACGCAAACAAACCAUGGCACAAACACCCCCCGCAGAGCUGAAAUGCCGGCACCAAGCGAGUUAGUCUGGUCAGAGUUCCGAUUGUAGUAUGGCGGCAAACCUGUUUAGUCCACAGCCUCAUUCUUUUUAAAGUUGGUAAAUGAAGAACCUUUAUGCCAACAGUACUGUAGUUAAAGGCAACAAACUAGACUAAGAUGCUUGGUGGUGAGCACCAUUCUUAUAAAAUGGCUAAUGAUACCAAAAACCAAGAUAAACUUUUCCUUAUAAGUUCACAUGUCAAUGACAUUGCUAAAAAUUCUGAUGUAUAUGGAGUCCGGUUGAAUCAUAAAGUACUAAUAUUUUUUUAAAGUUGUGCGUGCGAGGCAUCGAAACUAACAAUAGAAAAUGCUAAUGUCGUAUGGAUUCUCGUAGCGCGAGAACACACGUCAAUAGGUAUUAGCAAGUGGAAAAGACACGCAAAUAUGACGAGAUAAAGUUAAUGUUAAUGACCUAAUUUUUGUGAACUUUCCUUUUGGCACGCAUACGCUGACUCUGUCCCUUUCUGGUUGCCUGUUAUGAAGAGUAGCAUGAAUCCUUUUAGUAAUCACAGUACCAGGCCAUUACAAUGGCCUCGGCGCCUCACCUUUUUUUUUGAUUGCAGGCAUUCGCUGUGUCCAGCCUCCAAUUGUUUAAAAGGUUUUGUUAGGUUUUAUCGACAUCGUUCUGAAUUACUGCUUUCAUAUAAGCAGGAACGUGUAAGAUAUAGCGGGCAACAUUAGUAGGCUUCACGAUAUGCCGCAGCCAAGAUGAUGCAUGCACAGCCUAAAAGUUUAGUUGUUCGGCCAUGUUAGCGUUACCUUCAAGUGUUCAUGGCCCUGUCGUCUCAGGAAUUCUUCUGCAAAGCAGGAAAGCCUCAUGACACGCAGUAGUCUUUAUGUUCCUAUAGUGAGUUUCACUUAAGAGCAGAUAUAUACUGAUUAUGGCUUCACAUUUCUUGAUGUCAUACGAGGUACUCAUGAUCAAAGUAACCAUGUGUUGAAUGUGCCGUGAACGCUGCGCACAAGCUAUUGAUGUGCGAAGAAGACUUUCUGGUGACUGUCUCAGGUACCGCUUAUGAUUACGUGUACAGUCGACACGUUUUAAUAAACAGAAGCGACUUCUUCAAAGAACGCUUUGAAAGAUUAUCGAGCAAAAAGCAGUAGCAGUGCCUCAGAGCUUUUUCUGCCACGCUUCUUGCGCGAUAGCCUGCUCCGGAAUAGGAGUAAUGAGAAUAGGACCGCAAGUACCAUAUAUCGCUUAUUUUUGUUGAAAUCAUUUGACACAUGCUGCAUCCAUGUAAUCCAGUUCUUGCCAUGCCACGCCAUACACUGCUUGAGCUUGUCAAUUUUUUGGAACACUCGGGGAAAGCGCAAUAUUUUAAAUAUGAUCCCGAGAUAUGUUUCAGAAAAAAUCUUGGACUCCUGGAACAGUACAGGAUCACUGACACACCAGUACAUACGUGCGUACAUUAGAUGCAAUACAUGUGUACAUUUGAGGGAUGGCCGUUUCGAAACUUUCGUGUCUCAAGACACCUAGUUAGUUCUACGUCUUGUGUUGUCAUAUCACGACGCAUCAUUUAGAGUUUAUAGCAUAAUAUACAAUAAGCAAGUGUAGGAAAAUGAUCACGGUAUAAAAGACUAUCACACAUUUAGCAUCCGUUGCGAUGAGUACUAUGGUGUUAAACAUAACUCCUCGCGUUCUCAAGAUGUCUCUCUCUUAAUAUUCUCUAACGCGCUUCCACUUCAACCUUUUCUUGACUCCAUUGAGCACUGCAUGAUGUCAAAUUAAGUAGUCACUGACCUUUUAUAGCAUUCUUGGUCUAUAUGUGAGCUAUAAAUGAGGAAUGAGGCAUUUGCGACAACCGCGCAGUGGUUCUGCAGCGGUGGAAUGUUUCCCAAGCUACUCAUAUUCAAGUGAAGAGUGCAUGGAAGUCGUCAAAGCACAAAUCGUCCAUUUGUAGCAGCAUUGUUGCACUUGCUUUAGACAAGAAAAAGGCUGCGCUCUAGGCAUAAAUGUCAAAAUUGAACACAGAGUUAUGUCCACGCUACACAGACAUUAAAAGUUCCAAUAAAGUCUCGCUCGCGCAGCUGUUGCUUUCGUGCCAUGCAUUAAAGAGUAUAAUGAGAGUAAUGCAUGUUCUGUAUUCCAAAAGUACAAGUUCUCAGCAUGGUGAGCACAAAACGCAGAAUCCCAUUCUUUACUCCUGGCAUGCGUAGGUCUCCUUAUCCAAAAUUUUCGCAUUGAGUUCGUGUGAUUGUGCAGUGUAUGUGAUUGCUCUAUUGCCAAGUGGCCCAACAAUGUAUUUUGUGCACGUAUAUUUUUUAAUAAAGAAAGAAAGUAAAGUC